AUGGCAGACAACGUGGCCUUCAAGCUUGCCGUCCUCAUAGACGCCGACAACGCGCAGCCGCACAUGGCAAGCGUCCUGCUCGCCGAGAUCGCCAAGUACGGCACCGCCUUUGUCAAGCGCGCGUACGGCGACUGGACGGGCACCAACCUCAAGGGAUGGAAGGACCAGCUUCUGCAAAACUCCAUCUUGCCGAUGCAGCAGUUUGCCUACACGCAGGGCAAGAACUCCACCGACGCCGCCAUGGUCAUCGAUGCCAUGGACUUGCUGUAUUCCAACCGCUUCGACGGCUUCUGUCUCGUGUCGAGCGACAGCGACUUUACCCGCCUGGCCUCCCGCAUCCGCGAGUCUGGCCUGGUCGUGUACGGGUUUGGGGAGCGCAAGGCUCCAAAGGCCCUCGUCAGCGCCUGCGACAAGUUCGUCUACAUCGAGAACCUGUCGCGAAACGUCGACUUCGCCCCGGACCUUGCCGUCCGCACCCACAAGGCCGCCGCCGCCGCCGCCGCCGCCGCCGCCGCCACGCCGGCAGUCGGCUUUCCCACGGCGCAGGCUCUGAUACAGGAGGCCAUAGAGACGCAGUCGGAUGACGACGGCUGGGCCAACCUCGCCGACGUUGGUAAAAUCAUCACCAAGUGGCAGCCGGAUUUUGAUGCUCGCAGCUUCGGGUUCCUCAAGCUCAGCCACAUGAUUCGCUCCGACCCGACGUUGGAAAUCACCGCACGCUUCCCUUCGCUGGGGAAGCCGGCCGUGGUCUAUGUCCGCGCCAGGAAGCGAUCCAGAUAG